AGCCAGUGUGUCUCAGGAUGUGUGUUCCGUUUCGUUCUUUCCCCUUAACGCUGCCUGUGCAACGUGUCUGGGGGGCGGAGGACGGGACGGGGAGAGGAGGGCAGGGGAGGGAGGGGCAGCGGCGAGGAGCUGUCCGCCUCGCACGUUUCCAAUCGCAUUACGUGAACCAACAGCGGAGGGGCGGCUGGGCCAGAACCGCUUGUGUAACUUUGCAAACGUGCCAGAAAGUUUAAAAUCUCUCCUCCUUCCUUCACUCCAGACACUGCCCGCUCGCUGGGACCGCCGCACCGCUCCCCGUCGCCCUCCAGGACUGGGACAGGGGAGAGAGACGGGUGCCACGUCCCAGCAGCCGCCUUGACAGGGGAAGGGUCUGCAGCCCACCCUUGGCACUGCGUGGUGGGACGGAGACACCCGCGCUCCGCCCGCCUCCUCGGUUGAAGAUUUCUCGCUCCUUCCCGUGAUUUGAGCCCCGUUUUUAUUUUCUCCGAGCCACGUCCUCCCCGAGUGGGGGCGAUCCGGCAGAGGGAGCGAUGCGCUUCGCCUGGACCGUGCUCCUGCUGGGGCCGCUGCAGCUCUGCGCGCUCGUGCGCUGCGCCCCGCCGGCCGCCGGCCCGCAGCAGCCCCCGCGCGAGCCGCCCGCAGCUCCGGGCGCCUGGCGCCAGCAGAUCCAGUGGGAGAACAACGGGCAGGUGUUCAGCUUGCUGAGCCUGGGCUCGCAGUACCAGCCGCAGCGCCGCCGGGACCCGGGCGCCACCGCCCCGGGUGCCGCCAGCGCCGCCGGCUCGCAGCCGCGCACGCCGAUCCUGCUGCUCCGCGACAACCGCACCGCCGCGGCGCGUGCACGGCCGGCCGGCUCCUCGGGGGUUACCGCCGGCCGAGCCAGGCCCGCCGGCCGCGCCUGGGUCCAAGCCGGAGCCCGCGACGCUGGCGCCUCGGGCGCGGGCAAUCGGACUGCGCCAGACGUCCCGGCGCUCAGUAACCUGCGGCCGCCCAGCCGCGUGGACGGCAUGGUGGGCGACGACCCGUACAACCCCUACAAGUACACCGACGACAACCCCUAUUACAACUACUACGACACGUAUGAGAGGCCUCGGCCUGGGAACAGGUACCGGCCCGGGUACGGCACCGGCUACUUCCAGUACGGUCUCCCAGACCUGGUGCCUGACCCCUACUACAUCCAGGCGUCCACGUACGUGCAGAAGAUGUCCAUGUACAACCUGCGAUGCGCCGCGGAGGAAAACUGCCUGGCCAGUUCAGCAUACAGGGGAGAUGUCAGAGAUUAUGAUCACAGGGUGCUGCUAAGAUUUCCCCAAAGAGUGAAAAACCAAGGGACAUCAGACUUCUUACCAAGCCGGCCAAGAUAUUCCUGGGAGUGGCACAGUUGUCACCAACAUUACCACAGUAUGGAUGAAUUCAGCCACUACGACCUGCUUGAUGCCAGCACCCAGAGGAGAGUGGCUGAAGGUCACAAAGCAAGUUUCUGUCUUGAGGACACAUCCUGUGACUAUGGGUACCACAGGCGAUUUGCAUGUACUGCACACACACAGGGGUUGAGUCCUGGCUGUUAUGAUACGUAUGGUGCAGACAUAGACUGCCAGUGGAUUGAUAUUACAGAUGUGCAACCUGGAAACUACAUCCUAAAGGUCAGUGUAAACCCCAGCUACCUGGUGCCUGAAUCAGACUAUACCAACAACGUUGUGCGCUGUGACAUUCGCUACACAGGACAUCAUGCAUAUGCUUCGGGCUGCACAAUUUCACCGUAUUAGAAAGCAAGCCAAAACUCCCAAUGGAUAAAUCAGUGCCUGGUGUUCUGAAGUGGGAAAAAAUAGAUUAACUUCAGUAGGAUUUAUGCAUUUUGAAAAAGAGAACAGAAAACAACAAAGGAAUUUUUGUUUGGACUGUCUUAUAACAAAGCACAUAACUGGAUUUUGAACAUUUAAAUCAGCAUUAUUUGGGAAAUUUGUAAUACUUAUUCAUAUUAGUUUGGGAAUUAACAUAAUGUUUCAAUUCUAUAGUUGCAUAUUUGACUCUUUCAAAGGAAUCCAAAUUUCUUAUGCUUUUGAAAUUAUAGUGCAAAAGGGAAAAUAUCAUUUCAAUGAAUGAGCCAAAAUUACGUUGAACUGA